GCUACCUUCUAUGUUUCUGAAGCGUAUGGUGCUUGGAAACAUGCCAGUGGGGAGCAAAGAUCGUGACAUUGUUGAAUCAGUCGAUUUCAUGGUCUCACGGCUAGAAGAAAUGACGCAAAGUCAACUGGCUUCUAGGCUUACCCUCAACUGUUCGCCCACUUACGUGAUGCCUCAGCAUUUACGCGAAAUCCCGAUCACUUUGAUCGAUGUUUGGGAUCCGUACGCAUUGGCUCCUCCCGUGCGAGAAGAAUUGUUGCGUUCGUUCCCACAUGCGAAACGUGCGCAUUUGAAAAGCGGUGGUAAUUUUCCGUACCUCAGUCGUUCCGAUGAGGUUAAUAUGCACAUAAUGCUUCAUUUGAAGCAGUUCGAAGGAUCCAAGUGGAAUGCCAUGUCGAUUUCUGGCGAAGAGGCUGCCGACGUCAAGGAAUCGCGUUGAGUGGCAUAUUGUGGGAAUUUGAAUCUACCUGACCGAACUUCCCGAAACGCUUUUUCGCGUGGACGCGAGCGUUCUGUUUUUAUUUUACAAGAGAAAAGUUUGAUAGUUUACGUUGAAAUUUUUUUGAGCAUCCACAAUGCUAAAUUCAUUAAGGAGAAGCGACGUGUGGAGAAACAAGCAUAAAAUUGUCCCAUGCUUUUGGAUCAGGAUGACGAAAUUCAAUCGCUCCGCGGAAAGUAAUUUUGAGAGCCUUCGAAACUUUCCCUAUUUAGUAAAUCGCCCCUUAUCGUGACCUGGUCAGUUCAGCGCGUCACGAAACAGCGAGUUUUAAGAGCAGAAGAAUUGAUAGUUUCUGAGCUUCAAAUCAUGAUGCAGUUUGGCUGUUUCAUAUUUUUGGUUAGUCACCUUGAAAAAUUGUUCGACCGCGUUAUCUCUAACGUUACUUAGACCCGUGAUAACCGCGGAUACCUUUUUUAAUCACGUGUUUGGAUCCUCAGAGGAACUAAUUCUGGAUUCGGUUGAAAAUUUCAAUCUUUGAGUUAGUUUCAUCUCUAUG